UAUCUUUUCAACAUCAAUGUCGUGCUUAUAAAAGCUUCAUACCUACCAAUUCUGACGCGCACUCAUGUGUCUCGGCCAUUCUGUGAUAUCACCGUCUCGCCGGAAGUCCGAUAGCAGGAUCUUAUGCCUCCACCCUCCGGGCACGUAGCGCAGACUCCAGAACCGAAGAGUACGGGUCUUGCAGGAGUCUUCAAAACCUUGACUGGGCAGAAGACGAACAGAGGCCUUCCGUCGUCGCCCUACUCCCCCUCUUCGAUACCGGUUGCGACAGUUCAGCUUGCGCAACAGUUGAAUGGGCCGGAUACAUCGAGGGGGGCCAUCUAUGGCGGCCCGUCGGAGUAUGAGGACUUGUAUGAGAAGCUGAAGCCAGACAACUCUUUUGCGGAUAGGCUUGCGGCGGCAGAUGCUCUCCGACUUGCCGUCUCGGACUAUCCUCUGAGCGGUGUUACCAGCAUAUGGUACGCAGCGAAGGACCUCAUAUCUCCUGAAAACCCCGCCGACGUUCGCCGCACUGGGUUUGAACUCUUAACAGCAUGUGUAAAGCAUAGUUCUGCGACAGAUUUGGAGAGGAAGGAGUAUUUCAACACAUUAACGGCACCGCUACACCCAGAUGAUUACCAUCUGCAGCUUGCUGCUGUGACUGAGCUGGCAAAUAAUGGGAAAGACCUCUCGGGGUUUCAUUAUGAUGCAAUCCCACUCCUUACUCGGUGGCUACGGAUGUCCUUCGAAGCAUUCGAACGUGCACGCAAAUUACCAAGGCAAUCGUCCAACAAAUCCACUCAAACCAAGGUGCCUUUGGGCGAGGAGACGAAUAUCCACCAGCUUUUCAAUUUGAUUGUCAAUGUCAUCAAAUUCAGCUUCAAUGUCUCAGAUGAUGAAGAAACCGGAGCUCUCAUCGACGAGAUAAUCUACAUCGCGGUCCAUGCGACAUUUCCAAACGAAAUUCGCGCUUGUGUGCGAAUGCUGGAUGCAAUUGUAACAUACGGCGCAAUCCCAAGCGAUAAACUGAAGGAUUUUGUGUCGGUGCUCUGCUCUGUACACUUUAUGGUUCGAGAUAUCAGGCGGGACGCAUGGCAUACGAUUGGGAAUCUAUGCAGGUCUCACAAUGGCCAUACCACAAUUUGGAUCCUUCUCGACGUCCUUCGCCGUCCGGACACGAACCAAAAAAAAUCGCAGGCGGUUGUCCGAGAGGUUCGCGGGUCACUCUCCGUCCUAGAGAGAAUCAUAGCCAAAUGCGGAGAAGGAGGUUAUCCGCCUGUGCCGUUUGGCCUUCUCAUGGAUGCGCUCUCCAUGUCGUUGGCUGUUGACCAACCCAAGGUAGAUCAAGACAUAAUGCAUCUUAUUUUAUCUCUAUUUGGCGAGGACGAGGCUUCAUUAAAUUCGAGUAUAUUGGAGGAAGACUGGACCAAACUGUUCGACAUAGUGUCUAAAUGCGCUGUUCGUGCAUUGGAAACAUCAGACGGCAAGGUUAUAAACAAGGCCACGCAGCAAUUCAACUCGUCUUCGUCUGCGUCGUCGACGACCGAUAGCUCCACUCAUAUCACGACUGGCAUUGCUCAAACAUUUUAUGAGCUAAUAACCAGGGUCGAGCACCUUCUCCUAUCAAUGGAGCCCGACGACUUCAUGCAACGGGAGAGUUGCAUUUUGUUCUUCUCGAGGGUAUCAGUCCACAUACCCGAUUCAUGUGCUAAGUUGGUAAUUCGGUAUUACAUCGACUUUCGAUUCUGCUACCCUUCGGAUAGCAACUGGGAGCUCAAUAUCAAAAUAUUACUAGACGCUUUCUUCCUGAACAGAAAUCGGCAGACCGAGACACGACUACAAGCUCUCCAGGCAGUCACCGAUGUCUAUGACCUAGUCGAAAUGAUGGAGGAAUAUAAUGACACGGACAGGAAGCAAAAUUUGGUCGCCGACAUUCUCAGUGGCUUAGCAGACGAGAAUGAUCUCGCCGUCGUUCAUGAUAUUGUGGCUUUUGCAGUCACAGUUUGCGAUACUGCAGAACAAGAUGAAUUUGAGUUCAUCAUCAAGCAAUUACACCAGUGUGUCAGCAACGAUCGAUUAAAUUCCCCUCUCUUCCCGCAGGCUUCUCGCCCGUCUAUACAGUCUAGUCGGUCAUCUGGUGCACUCGAGAACCAUGCUCCGCCGUCGGCACCAUCCGGUAUUAUCACAAGAGGGAUCAUUCAAAUAUUCAUGAGAACAAUGGAUAGCUCUACAACAAAAUGCCUUCGAGCCUUCGAUGAAAUUCUUUGGGUCGUUCGAUCCAGUUCCUGUGAUACGGAAGCCCGCCUUUCCGCCUUGAGGAUGCUUCUCCGCCUCCGUGCUGAUUGGGCAAACCGGAUCUUCCUUACACCAUUCACAGAGUCGGAAGCUUUAGCAACGCUACUCUAUCGCACGCCCGCGUCAUUAGCCAAGAAGCAAGCAGCUGAUGAAGCUCAGCAAAGCCGGUCAACACGAACAGAGGAUGCUCGCGGGAUACGAAGUACUUCUGCGGGUCAGUCGUACACAACUGCCUCCGCCGCAAGGAAUACCAGUGGUGUGAGCCGCACCCUUCAGCGCAACCAUCAGAUGUGGAUGACCCCAGACCCUGCAGCCCUCCCGGAACAGCUGUCAGACAAGGCAAGCCCUAUACUAGUGUCAAUUGACUAUGAUCAUGCAAACAAAACAGAUCUAGACGACAAUACCGCCCACAAUGUGAUGGAGCGGAAAACCCUCAAAAUCAAUAUAUGGCUUGAAAUUGUCAUUGGACUUUUACAGCAAGGAUGCGACUGGGAACUGUACAGCUAUAUCCUGGUCCACUUACCUUCACAAUUAGCCAACCAUGCACUUUUUAAGGGAUCUGUUCCUCAGGUGAAACAUCUUCGAAGCCUUCUCUGCGAACAAAUCAAGAACGGGAGUUUUUAUGAGCCUCCUGUGUCUUCGGGGCUGCGAAAAUCCGAUACUGCCAUCUGCGUGCUCCAAGCGCUUACUAUGGUUAUGAGCUAUCACCAGCAUUUCUCACGUAGCGAGGAGGACGAGCUUGUUAAGUCGCUCAUACAUGGUGUUGGUGCUUGGGAACGAGCAGCGAAGUUCUGCAUCCAUGCAUUGUCAAUCUGCUGCCACGAACUUCCUGCUUCGAUGAAGCUUGUCUUGGGAAGCAUUUUGGUCAAAAUGUCUCAGAUUAUCACGCAGUCCCAUGUUGCUGUCCAUAUCCUUGAAUUCUUAGCUUGCCUUGCGCGGUUACCCAAUCUUUACUCAAAUUUCAGGGACGAGGAAUAUCGCACCGUGUUCGGGAUAUGCUUUCGUUACCUUCAAUAUGUACGGGAUCAAAAUUCCAAGUCAAUGUCGAAUAGGAACAGCACAGUUUCAAGCCGUCCAGCGAGUUCUGCUUUGGAUCCAUCAACCGCAUCAGGGGAUGGUACCAAAGGGGACAGCAGUGCUACCAACUCUUCUAAUGAUCUACCUCAAUAUGUGUUUACUUUGGCAUAUCACGUCAUUACCUACUGGUUUUUGUCUCUGCGUGUCUCAGACCGUGGAAGCCAUGUUAGUUGGAUAACAAAAAAUCUUGUAUGGACAGACGAUUCUGGCAAACAGCGGCUAGAUGAGCAAGCGGAGGUGACCCUGGACUUUAUGCGCAGGACAGCGUAUGCAGAUGUCGACGAAUCAAAAGGAGACCCUGGAUUUUCAUCAAAGAAUCACGAUGAGGUCCUCAAAUCCCGCUGGAUUGUGGGUCAGAGUGUCAUUACUGUCGAACAAGCUACAAGAAGUGGCUGGGCUCAAAUCACAAAGAGACAGGCAUCUGCCACCUCACACUAUAUGAUUCACCAAAACUACGAAGCACCGCGAGCUCAUCAAAUAUUGAGCCCAACUGAUGGUGUACGAGACCCAAGUCGUCCGAACAAGAACUGCUUCCUCCCAAGCAAUCUCCCUGUGCAACUAUUUGCACCUACUUCUAGUUCCAUGCAACCCAUACACCUGCCAGAUGACGACAUGAUCAAACGUGCCAUCUCGAGUCUCGAUCGCACUUCUACAGUUGACGGUCACAAGGUGGGCAUCGUUUAUAUUGGCCCGGGACAGAAAACCGAGAAAGAGAUAUUGCCGAACAUCAGCGGCAGCACUGAUUAUAUGGCCCUCCUAGCCGGUCUAGGCACCCUGACGAAGCUCCAGCAGGCGACCUUUAAUACACAAGGAUUGGACAGAAAUAACAACACAGACGGAGAGUUCACAAUUUGCUGGCGAGACCGUGUAACCGAGUUGGUGUUCCAUAUUACGACAAUGAUGCCUACCAAUCUCGAGCACGAUCCUCAGUGUAUUGGUAAAAAGCGCCACAUCGGCAAUGACUUCGUCAAUAUAAUCUUUAACAAUUCUGGCAACCCAUUCGAUUUCAAUACUUUCCCGUCGGAAUUUAAUUAUGUCAACAUCGUUAUCACCCCAGAAUCACGACCCUCGUUUGUUGCCACCCGUGAUCGGAGCAGCGUCGACCCUAACACCUCGUUCUACAAAGUUCAGGUCUUGAGCAAGGAAGGAUUCCCGGAAGUCUCUCCCGCAUCUGAAACUAAGAUCCUGAGGCUCAAAGCGCUCCCCGACUUUAUACGUUUGCUUGCACUUAAUGCUUCCGUAUUUUGCCUCGUGUGGGCCAACAGGCAUGGUGGCGAGUAUAUCUCAUCAUGGCGCAGCCGGUAUCGGGAAAUACAACGAUUAAGAGAUAAGUACAAAAACGCCAGCACCUCAACAACGUCGCCUCCUGGCACUGCACCUCAGGGACAGGCACCGUCGACAACCGAUAGUUCAAGAAGUGUCAGAGACAGUUUUACAACUCUUCGGAGAACAUCAGUGGCAAACUUCUUAACUAAUAUCAACGAUCAUGAUCGACCAGCGAGACCACCGUCCACCGCUGAGUCUGAUAACGAGCCGCGACAUGGAGACGACGAAAAUAUGGUUGGGGCGCUGGAUUUUUCAAAAUGGGCAUCAUGACACAAGGAACAGGCAAAUAUAUAACAGGGCGAUGGCGCAUGGAUGUCUAGAUAUACCACAAAAGCAAUUUGUUUCUCUCUUCAUUUUAGCUUCUGUCUAAGCUUUAAUUUAACAAUAAUAUUUAUACAUAUGGGUUUCUCCGGUGCCAAUCUCCCAUAAGUGCUUCCAUAGUGUCAAUCACGUAUGGG